AUCCGUGCCGAGAAGAGCCGCGGUGGGUCCUCUCGCCAGUCUAUCCAGAAGUACGUCAAGAGCCACUACAAGGUGGGCCAGCACGCCGACGUCCAGAUCAGGCUCGCCAUCCGGCGCCUGCUUGCCACCGGCAUCCUCAAGCAGACCAAAGGAGUUGGCGCAUCCGGCUCUUUCCGCCUUGCCAAGGCUGUCAAGGCGAAGAAGUCUCCAGCCAGGAAGAGAAAGAAGGCGACCAGGAAAUCCACGUCGCCCCGGAAAGCAGCUAGACCCAGGAAAACCAAGUCACCGGCAAAGAAGCCCAAAGCUGCCGCCAGGAAAGCCAGGAAGAAGUCGAGGGCCAGCCCAAAGAAAGCCAAGAAGCCAAAGACUGUAAAGGCCAAGUCCCUGAAGGCGUCCAGGCCCAAGAAGGCAAAGCGGUCAAAACCCAAAGCCAAGUCCAGCGCCCGGAAAUCACCCAAGAAGUGA